AUGCAAAUGGAGACCUUUCCUCUCUUCCUCACUUUAACAGCAACUCUCUCAGCCUACCUCCUCUGGUUCCUCCUCCUUACCCGAACCCUAACCGGUCCAAAACUACUCCCCUUCCUCGGCAGCCUCCCGUCGCUCUUCAAAAAUCGCCACCGCGUCCAUGACUGGAUAGCCUCCAACCUCCGCGCCGCAGGCGCCUCCGCCACCUACCAAACGUGCAUCAUCCCCCUGCCCUUCUUGGCGCGCAGGCAAGGGUUUUACACUGUCACGUGCCACCCCAAGAACCUCGAGCACGUCCUACGCACGCGUUUCGACAACUACCCCAAGGGCCCCAGGUGGCACGCCGCCUUCCAUGACCUCCUCGGCCACGGCAUCUUCAACAGCGACGGCGAAACCUGGCUCAUGCAGCGCAAAACCGCCGCACUGGAGUUCACAACACGCACUCUGAAAUAUGCCAUGUCUCGUUGGGUUAAUUGCUCAAUCAAGAACCGGUUGUGGUGCAUCAUGGACAAAGCGCAGAAAGAUAGAGUCUCCGUGGACUUGCAAGACCUUCUCCUGCGCUUGACCUUUGAUAAUAUCUGUGGACUCACCUUCGGUAAAGACCCCGAAACUCUUUCGCCGGAGCUUCCCGAAAACCCCUUCGCCGUUGCUUUUGACACUGCCACUGAGGCCACCAUGCACAGGUUCCUCUAUCCAGGUCUGGUGUGGAGGUUCCAGAAGCUUCUGUGCAUCGGAUCCGAGAAGAGGUUAAAGGAUAGCCUUCGCGUGGUGGAAACUUACAUGAACGACGCCGUUGCGGAUCGCAGGGAAACUCCUUCCGACGACUUGCUCUCACGUUUCAUGAAGAAGCGCGACGCCAGCGGCAACCCCUUCUCCGCCACCGCGCUCCAGCGUAUUAUCCUCAACUUUGUCCUCGCCGGCAGGGACACCUCAUCGGUGGCCCUCACCUGGUUCUUCUGGCUCCUCAUGAACCACCCUCACGUCGAGGAAAAAAUCAUGAACGAAAUAACCACCGUCCUCGCCGACACGCGAGGCGGAGACCGCAGCAGGUGGACGGAGGACCCCCUCGAUUUCGGUGAGGCGGACCGGCUGGUGUACCUGAAGGCAGCGCUGGCGGAGACGCUGCGUCUAUACCCGUCGGUGCCGCAGGACUUCAAGCAGGCCGUCGCCGACGACGUGUUGCCGGACGGCACCUUUGUUCCGGCUGGGUCGACGGUGACCUACUCGAUAUACUCGGCGGGGAGGGUGGAAACGAUUUGGGGCGAGGAUUGCAUGGAGUUUAAACCGGAGAGGUGGCUUUCGGUUCGCGGGGACCGGUUCGAACCCCCAAAAGAUGGGUUCAAAUUCGUGGCUUUCAACGCUGGACCGAGAACUUGUUUGGGCAAGGACUUAGCAUAUCUUCAGAUGAAAUCAGUCGCCGCCGCUGUGCUCUUGCGUUAUCGGCUAUCUCUGGUUCCCGGUCAUCAGGUGGAGCAGAAGAUGUCUCUCACUUUGUUCAUGAAGAAUGGGCUCAAAGUGUUAUUGCAUCCACGUAAGCUUCAAGGUGGCCCGGGAGUUCCCACGUCAUCAUAA